AUGUCAAUUUAUACCCGCGGAUUUGGACCAAGCCAGCGCUCCAAGAGCAACAUCGACGGAAGCAUCGUUAUCAAGGACAAGGUCGAUGGCUCCUUGCAUACUUUCAAAGCGGCAGCGGACGGAAGGAAACGAGUACAAUGUGAGGAAUGUGAUGCUGUGAUUGGCAAGAAGCAAGCGACGCGCCACUACGAUUCGCACGCCCGCAAGAGUACCUAUCACAGUCAGGACCCUGAAUCGGCAGCACAACUACCAAAUCAAGAAGUCGAUGAACAGCCGCGUCAAAAUAUACCCCAGGCUCUGCUCAAGACUGGUGCGGAAACUCAAAGACGGACAAAGGAGGAAGACGAGCAGGAGAAGCGUCGCCUAAUUCAAGGACUGUGCGGAGAUCUGACCGUUGAGAUGAUGCUUACUACAGCGAGAUGCGCCAAGUUGAAGCCCUACUUAUUGUGUGGACCCGGCAUCAAGACGGCGUCGUUUAUGUCACAGGAGGCUGCGGAACAGGUUCGAGCUCUACUCCCACAAGGCCACUCUCUCAGCCUCUACCCGUUGUGCAACUCGAACGACAUCUCCAAGCACCCAACAAUACCAGAUGGGUAUGAGGAUGCGCUCAACCAGGAUCACGUUGAGGUGAUGACGCAAGGCGGGGAGUCUGGGAUGGAGCGUCUCGUAGGCGCCAUUGUCGUGACAGGAAAUAGACAAUCAAGGAUCAUCUGCGCGGAACACUACUUGAGGGAUAGGUCACAGGACCCGCAUGGUGAAUCCGUAAGGGCACACCACACCAGCGUUCCAGAUGACCAGUCGACCUCCCAGUAUCCAAAGGCGAUCAAGAUUCUCACCAUCCCGGACAGGUUCAACAACCCACAUUUCGUCAUCGGAACAAGCGCCGGAAAUUAUCUGGUCACUUCGUCUGAGGAAGACGGUCAGAUUCAUGUUGGUCCUGGCCGGUGCGGAGCGUUUGUGGUGUCGGAACACACUCGUCUGUUGAUCUCACGGGAGAGACAGGAACAGUCGCUGCUUGGCAAUUCGGUCCUUGGCUUGGCACAAGUUCGAACAGCCUUUGGAUACCCCACAACAUAUACGACCAGACGGGCCAUUGCAGAGGGACAGAACGACGUGGAGACAAUGCCAGUGACAAUUUUCACUUUAUAUCUGUGGAAGGUCCAGGGAGCCAAGGUCUUCCAUCAGCUGUAUGUGCGGUCCCUGGAGAAGUGCCCUGAGGGAAUCAUCUUGACGAAAUCAGAUGUUGACGACUCCCCUCUGGAAGGAAAGGUUGCUAAAUGUCUUGCGGAAUUCUCGGAACUUUUUGUGGACAAUGAGUUGAACGUCACCAGGACUCCGGAGGCUGAGGAUAUUCUGCAGACUUUGGCGAAUCUUUUCUCGAAGGUCAUCUCUGACAAGAACCGAGUCGUUGCAGACAACAUUGCAAGAAGAAGGAAUGCCUCCAUCCACUAA